CGUAAACCUGAAGUGACGUUUCUCCGUUCCUCGAACUUCCGCCUUGCACGUGUGUUUACUAAAAAUGUGGACUACUGAGCCUAAGAAGUACCAGUAAUAAUAUUCUAAACACACUCGCUAACUGUUUGUUAUCCGGUUGAAAACAUGGGGAAGCUGAAUGUCGUGGUGUUGAGAUACUUAUCUCGAGAUGACUUCCGAGUCCUCACAGCGGUUGAGAUGGGGAUGAAGAACCAUGAGAUUGUCCCAGUGAGUCUCCUGUCGUCCAUCGCUAGCCUCAAACACGGCGGCUGCAACAAGAUCCUCAGAGAGCUUGUCAAACACAAACUUGUGGCCUAUGAACGCAACAAGACUGUGCAGGGUUACAGGUUGAAUAACGGAGGAUAUGACUACUUGGCUCUGAAGACGUUGUGUUCCAGAGAGGUGCUCAUUUCAGUUGGCAACCAGAUGGGUGUGGGCAAAGAGUCAGAUAUAUAUAUUGUGGCGAGCCCAAACAAUGAGCAGUACGCGCUGAAGCUUCACAGAUUGGGUCGUACCUCCUUCAGGAACCUGAAGAACAAGAGAGAUUACCACCAACACAGGAAAAGCAUUUCCUGGCUCUACCUCUCUCGCCUUUCUGCCAUGAAGGAGUUUGCCUACAUGAAGGCAUUGUAUGAUCGGGGAUUUCCUGUUCCCAAACCUGUGGACUAUAACAGACAUGCUGUAGUGAUGGAGUUCAUCAAUGGAUAUCCACUGUAUCAGGUGCAUGAGCUGCAGGAUCCACCUGCACUGUACAAUGAGUUCAUGGAGCUCAUAGUCAAACUGGCCAAUCACGGCCUGAUUCACGGAGACUUUAACGAGUUCAACCUUAUGCUGGACGACCACGACCACAUAACUAUGAUUGACUUCCCUCAAAUGGUGUCCACCUCACAUCCUAAUGCUGAAUGGUAUUUUGACAGAGAUGUCAAAUGUAUCAAAGAUUUCUUUGCCAAACGAUACAAUUACGAGAGCGCGGUCUUCCCAACCUUCAAAGAUAUCAGGCGGUCUUAUUCUCUAGAUGUCGAAGUCUCAGCUAGUGGCUUCACUAAGGAUCUGGAGAGAGAUGCUGCGUUGCUACACCCAGCCGGACCUGAGGAAGAGGAAGAUGACGAAGAGGAGGGUGAUGACGAAGAGACCACAGAUGAAGAGGUAGAAAAAGAGAGUGUGGACAUGGAGGAAUAUAAGCAUGCAAUGCUGGAACUGGAAGGACUGAAAGUCAGCGACUCACAUGCAGACAUAGAAGAUAAGGAGAACGAGAGUGAAAAAGGGGAAGAACAAAAAGGAACUGAGACAUCUACUGGCAGAAGUGAUGAAGACAAGGACUUGGAGGAAGAGUUGAAUGAGGCAGAGGAUGAGUGUCCAGAGCUGGCAGACCUUUCCGCCUCCAACAAAGAGUUCAAACCCUUCAGAGACUCAGACAGUCUUCUACAUAUGGCAGAACACAGGAGGAUGAGGACAGACAGUGAGGGUACAAUGGGCAGUAUAGGGAGCUGCUCUACCAUACCACCAGAGGUAGUCCGUCAGAAGGUGCGGAGGCAGCUCACCAAACAACAGAAGACGGCACAGAGGAGACGUCUGCAGAAGGGAGAAGCCAACUUAGUGACCAAAUCCAGGAGAGAAAACCAAGAUAACAUCAAAUCUAGUAUGGAGACCGCCUCUUUCUGGGGAUAAAUGGGACUGCAGAGAUGGACAGAAUUCAUGUCAACAUUUUGUUUUGUAUGGUUAAAGCAUGC